AAACGGAUCAUCCAUCAUGGGCAAUCAAGCAGGGUCCCCGCGCAAAAAGAAGGCCGAACAUGGAGGGAACUUUGAAGGAGGAGGAAGCGAAGACGCAUGUUCGUCCAAGCUCGUUCGUGGUAUGUUUGACUUGCAUCUCAUCGGCCACCAUGGGUUACCCAGUCAGCCGAGCCGGAUUUGCUAUGUCCCGAUGCUGGGUCUCCUGGUCGUCGCAACAGGGUACCAGCAACUCAAAGUGUACGGCGAAGACGGCUUGGAAGUGUACCUUCCAUUACGCGAGGACAAGGGCGACGGCACGUCGUCGUUCAGCGCCGGCGCCACGCCGACGUUUCUCGACUACACCAACAGCGGCAAGCUCGUGCUCGUCAUGUCCGACAGCGCUGUGCAAGUCAUCGACCUCGCGAAUCUCCAGGAAGGCAAAGACGUGGUGGUCGCAGCGUUGCCUUCGAGUUGGACCACCAGCCGCAUCACCGCGCUGGAGACCAUUCGGCACCACAAAGACACGCCAUUCUUCUACGUGGCGUUGGACGAUGGAUCUGUCCAGGUUGUGCAAGAAUCCACCUGUCACUUUGCCUCGUACGCCAUCUACCCCGACGACGUCGGCCUCGCUCCAUCUGCCGACUCGUGCUUCGUGUCGGCCAUGGCCAGCAGUCCCGCGGACCCGAACCACCUCCUCUUGGCAUACGAAGGGUCGGACGUUGUCUAUGUGUGGGACCUCGUCAAGCAAAGGGUGGCAUUCCAGACGUCUCAUAUUCUGAAUCAAACACAACCUGCUUCCACUGUGCAGAGUCUGGCGUGGCAUGCCAGCGGCAAGCGGUUCGCGGUCGGGUUUGCCUCUGGAUCCGUCGCGGUCUGUCGAUCUGACAAGCACCAGCUCGCCGUAUACCCCACCCUCGUGUCUAGUACUACUAGUAGUCCUACUAGUAGUACUGGAGGCAUCCAGCGCUUGCAUUGGCUCACCACGCACGCGUCAUCCCCUGGAGCGUUGGUGUGCAGUGUUGGCUCCCAUGUCGUCGUCUGGUUUCCUCCGAGAGAUGCGCAGAAAGGACCGAAAGAAGCGCUCACGGAGCUAUCAUCGUCGUCUUGCUUUCCAUGGCAAACAUGUGUACUGCCCAGCCACAACCACGCCAAUGUGAUGGAUAUGGCGGUAGCAUCCACAGUCGUACCCGCGUCCGGAUCGUCGGCGGCGCCAUUUACGGCGAUUGUGUUGGCCGGCAAUCCAUUGGACGGGAUCAAGCCGUCUGUGGCGAUGCAUGUGCUGCCGUGUCUGGUGGCUCAUGCGCACACCCCCAACGAACUGUGGCAAUGGAUCGUUCCCCCAUCACCUACUACUAGUACUACUAGUACUGCUUCGUCAUUUCCAGUCUCGACGACGACGCAUCAGUUGCAAGCAAGUGAUGUUGUGGCCAUGCAAGUGCUCGAUCUGCACACGGCCGAUGCAGGCGCCUUUCGCGACGAGUUGUUUGCUGCCCAGCCGAUUCUACUCGAAGAAAGCAACGACAUGGACGACCAUACUAGAGUUGAAAACCCCCCGUUACAUGACGAACGUUCGACCACGGCCAUGGCCGCGGCGUGGGUGCCGCCGUUGACGGGGGGCUCCGUCACAGUGUCGCAUCCUCCCCCCCUUCCAUCGACGAUGCUGCCCGCCGCCGAUUGCAAGCGCCUCUUGUCUAUUACAUCGAUGGACGACAAUGACGACAAUGAUAUCAUCAAUGGGGAAGACUCCUCCAUAUACCUCCACCGCCACACAAAGCGAACGACGUGGGUCGUGACAGCGCAUGCCGACAGCCGCGUCAAAAUCUGGGAGUCGCAUCCGCCCGUGGACGGCGCCAGUCGCGGGCAGAUGGGUCUGCUGCAUGUGCUCCGCGUCAAGCCGGUACUUCAAGACCCGAUUUCGUACGUCUGGUUUGGUCCGUCGAGGCGGCUGCUCGUCGUCGGCACGUCCACGGGCGAAGUCGGGUUCUUUACGUUUGACUCGGACUCGGGGUUUUCGUUUGUGUUUUCGCUGCACGUACAUUCGGGUGCAAUCACGCUCUUGGCUGUGCCCAAGUCCGAUUAUCCGGACGACGGCCAGUUGGACGUGGCCGUAGCGGAUGCGUUCGGGGUCGUAUGUAUCGUACACGUAGCAUCCCAAACGUACAAGUUGGUGAUUUUUGACUUGGCGCUGGAUACGGACGACGACGAGGAGACUGGAGGACCGGUGGAAUCGCUCGUAAUGGACAGGUCGCUCUUGUUUGUCGGGCGCGGGGACGGCCACGUGCAGGUGUACGAUGUAGCGACGGCGGCGCUGGUGCUGACGUGUCGCGGGGCGACUACUGGCGACGGAAAUGGUGAUCAUGUGACCAAGAUGCUCCUAAUGGACCAAGGAGGGCGUGAGCGGGGGCCGGUCGAAGUGCUCUCGGCAGUUCAAAUGGCAAGCCAACCAAAGUGUCGAGCUGGAGAUGAAAGAGGAGACGGAGGGAAGGACGACGAGGCUGCUGCUGCUGCCGACGUGGUGGUGGUCGAUACCGUGACCCAGGCGUUGGUGGACGAUUUGUUGGGAAAAUUCCCCUCGCCGCCCCCCACGACCAACAGCCACAAACACGUGACGGUGUGUGUCGAAGCAGGUCCACUGGGCAUUUUCCUCGUCGACGACGUGACCGAUCGUGCGGUCUUGCGGGGAUUUGUCCCUGAUGAUCCCAACGCUCAAUUGCAGCAAGCCGCGGGUAUCGUCCCCGGCAGUACCCUCGUGAGAGUGAAUGGGGUGGACGUGCGCCGCCUAAACAAGGCGGACGUGGUGGCCGUCGUGUCUUCGCUGUCGGGGGUCGCCAAAACGGUCAGCUACGCUCCCGACCACACGUCCACGGAUGCCCAUGCUCGUCCGUACAUUGUGUGUGCGGUGGGCCGGUCAAUCAAAGUGUUUGCAGUUCCAACAGAUCGAUGGUCACAUGAAAGCCAACCCAAACCUGAUAAUAGUGUGGUGCAAGUGGAUGUGGAGGCAGACGUGGGGUUGAGAGCGCCGGUGGUUUCUAUGGCCAUCAGCGCUAUUCCAGUGGAAGGAAGGAUGGAGCAAGCGUUGGUGGUCGUGGAUCAGAGUGGGGUUGUGUACGUGUUGGCUCUGCCGACCUUGCAUUUUAUAUGGAGCGCGCCGUGUCCGUCCGACUUUUCCGCAGGCUACGCCUUUGACCAUGCCCAUGUGCAUGUGAACGCGUCUGGCUCGGUGCUGCUGGGUACUCCUUUUGGGGACUUGGCGGAAUAUUCCAUCUUGGCACCAUCGAUGUGGGCAGAAGUGAACGUGUUGCAGUGGACAACGGUCAAGACGGCUUUGGUGAGUGCGCGGCGAGCAUCAGUCGAGGACGAGUCGAAGGAAAAUAUCGACCGAGUCGUGGAAAAGAAAGGCUCGUCGCGGUUCUUCAAGCAAUUGUUUGCACCGAAAGAAGUGGAUUUGAACACGGUAUUUGUGGUGCCAUCGGUGGAGGAGGACCAACGCAAGCAACUGAUGGGCGACCGCCGACAGGUUAAGGACCCCACCAAGACAGAGGACGGUCAAGCCAAGGUCAGCGGCACUAUGGACGCCCUGCAGCAAGCAUCGCAGAAUUUGCAUUUGCGAGGGGACAAACUGUCGGGAUUGGAAGAAAAGACCGAGCGACUCAAGAAUCGCGCCGACGAGUUUUAUGCGACAAUGAAAGCGUUUAACGACAAGGAAGCGAAAAAAAAGUGGUACCAGCUUUAAAUCCAUA